UCUUAAAAAACUAUAAGACACAAAAAAAAUAAAAAAAUAUUUAGUAGUAUUUUUUAAUUAACAAACAUAACUGCUGUCCCCCUCCCAGCCCCCCGACCCCUACAAGCCCCUGUAUCCCAAGGAAAGAGUAAAAUAAAACCCCCCUAAAAAAAAGAGAAAAAAUGCCCCGACGACGUCGGCCACCCUGCAAGAUGAAUCCAUUGGCUGCCUUGCAACAAAAAAAGAGUCCGGAUAAUAGCAGGCGGGAACGGGAUAGGGAGCGGGAGCGGGAUCAUGAUCGAGAGUAUCCCCAUACCCAAACGCAUCGUCAACACCAUCAUUAUUACCAUCAUCAUCAUCAUCAUCAUCACCAUCCGAAGGCAAACCAUCGACAUUUUACCGAUGAGACAAAUAAUAAUAGUAGAACAAGUGGCGAAGAGGCUUCCACAUCGGCGGCGGCAGCGGCAUCGGCAGCGGCGGCGGCAGCAGCAGCAGCAUCUGGUUCAGUUUUUAAUGAUACUAGUCCCAAAACUAAGGAAUAUAAACUAUUCCCCGAGCUACACAAUCAAACGGCCUCCCUGCCCACAUUUGCUGAUAUCUUUGGCCAACCUUUGCCAAUAUUAUUCAAUUUCCCACACGAAGACAUGCCCACCUGUUCGAUCAAGGCGGGCAUUGAAUGUGCCAUGCUGCACGAUAAUUACGGGAUAGCCGACAUGUUGGAAACCAUUCGCAAUGCUCACACAAAUCCAAAUAUUGCACUGCUAUCAAUUGGCGAAGAUUUGUCUUGCUUUGGUCUAGAUCUUGCUGCACAGGGUGACAUCUAUGUGCAUUUCAAUGGACCCUUUACCCAGGAUCCUCCGCAGAGAAGUUCAAUGGAUUGUGCCCUUGAGCUGGGUAUGCGGGGUAUGCGAGAUGCCAUGAUCAAAUAUCCAUCAAGACCACCAAUUUGGGAGUCAUUUGUCCCAGAGACAAGAAACUUGGGUCUAAUAGGUCUGAAUGUGAUUGCUGGUUGUGGCAAUGGUGCUGGUGGUGCUGGUGGUGGUGUUGGAGGUGGUACUGCUGCUGGUGUUGAUGUUGGUGGUGGGUUAAAGAAGGUCUAUGCACAGCAUGUUAGAAGGAAAAGUUAGAGUUCUCUCUAGUUGGGCACCAAAAGUAACCGAAAGUGGGACUAUAAACAAUGAGUUAGUUUAGUUUACUAACUUAGUCUAAACCAUCUCUAACUAGAUUUUUAUAUGACUAUCAACUAAACAAUUUGUGGCCAUAUAUCAAUCUUAAUACCUGAUACCGCUGUGAGCAAGACAAAAUCUUCGAGUGUGAUACCCAAAAAAUCAAUCAAAAUAUAUGUUUCUAAAUACUACAA